AUGCGUGGUUUGACGGAUUCACCUGUGAAUGUGGACUCUGCUGGAAGCAGUGGUGGAUCGACAGAAGAGAAUCAUGAAGGAAAUACAAGUUCUGGAAGUACCAGUCCUCAGUCAGCAGGGCAGUCUCCAGUUCCUGGAAUAGUCAUUGGCCAUGAUGCAUGUGGUGCAACAAGGUCUAUUCUGACGUCAACACAUAACGAGCUGAAAAUUCGAAGCACGUUGAGCACUCCUGCGGCUUACCUCAAUCAGACCCCUCGAGGCUCGACGUAUGUGAAGAGACUCGCGGAGAAAGGAUGCAGCAAACAUGGAGAGUCGCUACGCGGUUCUAUGGGGAACCUUGCCGGGUGGCGUGGAUCCGCUGCGAAUCUCGCUGAAGAUACGCCAAAUAUGAAUCGAUUCAGAAGCUUGAACCCGACUUAUCGUUCGUUCAAUGCGAAAAAGGUUACGGAUAAACAGCAAGAAGUGAUUGAUCGUCUGAGUCGACUCAGAGAAAAUCUACGAUCGAGGGAGAAUUUUGUGGAGCGGGGCGUACUGCCAAAACAUCAAGUGAAUCCGUCGUCGACUGCCGUGAAAACGUGA